UCAAAAUACUCUCAAAAAUGUUCAAAUACGCCGUUGUCAUUUUUGCUCUGAUUGCCUGUGUGGCCGCCAAGCCGGGACUGCUCCAUGCUCCACUGGCCGCUCCUCUGUUUGCGGCUCCUGCUCCCGUUGUGACUGCAGCCAGUAGUCAGGUGGUGGCCAGGACCUUCAAUGGCAUUGCGACGGCUCCAGUAAUUGCACAAGUUCCCGUGGCUCCCGCUCCAGUUCCAGUGGUUAGGACAGUGGCAGCUCCUUUCGCAGCGCCUCUGGCUGCUCCGUUGCCAGCACCCAUCGUCCGAGCUGUGGGUCCAGUGCCAGCACCCUUUGCUGCUCAAUAUACCGCUUCCUUUGGAGCUCCCUUCGCCGCUCCCUUUGCAGCUCCCUACACUGCUCCCUUCGCCCAUCCCUAUGGAGCACCUGUCAUUGCCAAAUACUCCGCUCCCUUGGCCUAUGCACCAGCACCGCUGAACUAUGCUGCGCCCGCCCUGUGGUAGAAUUAACCAACCAUCGUACCAUGUGUGUUCAAUGACUGAUAGCCCGUAAUAAAAAUCGUUUCAA